UUUAAAAAAGAAUAUACCAAUAAAAUGUACACAAAAUUCUCUAUCUUUUAACAUCAGAAUCAAACUUUCUGGUCGAGUUUAACUUGCGAAAAAAGCCUAUCAAAAAUCAGCAAUUUAAUAUGGACCACCCGUUAGUUGUUAAUAUUGAGAAGAAAAAUUGAAAACGAAGAUGUAUCAUUAAUUCUUUGGCUCUCUAUACAUGUUUCUUUAUUGGAGCAAAUAAAAAUUGAUUCAAUUAGAUACUGUAAUGUUAAAUAAAGGAAAUGAUAUUUUAUAAUCUAUAAAUAUUAGUAGCAUCACUAAUUCGAGAGAGAGAGAGAGAGAGAAGAAAAAGCCUGCUGUUUUCCUACGCUAAAGAUUUCUCAAAUCAGUAUGUAUAUAUAGAACCUAUAAUCAAUGCAAUUGAGCAUUAUUUCUUUCAAAAUUCUUUCAAUGUGAAAAAACAAUGGAAAAAAAAAAGAAGCAAAAACCAAAGCAAACAUAUUAAAAGUAAAGAAGAAUAGAAUAUUAAUAACACAUUUAGUUUUAAAAACAGAGCGUAGAAAAGCACUUGUAAUCAAAGAGGAAAACAGUUUUAGAACAAAAAAGUGUUCAUGUAGCCGCAAAUUUAUUAAAAUUAUUUUUUCGUGAAUUACCUGAACCCUUAUUUACUACUCAACUUUAUCCAUUAUUCUUACGUGCAAUACAAAUGAAUGAUCCGGAUAAUCAACGUUUAUCAUUAUUAGAAAAUAUAUCAAAUUUACCACAGACAAAUCGACGAAUAUUAUAUCGUCUUUUAGAUCAUUUAAUUCUUGUUAGUCGAAAUUCACAACAAAAUAUGAUGCAUUUGGAAAAUUUAGCCGUUGUAUUUGGACCAACAUUAAUGAGACCAUCAAAAUUAGUUGAUUCAAAUAGUAGUUAUUAUGCACAAAGUGGAUCAAGUCAACAAUUAAAUAAACUUGUUGUUAAUGUUAAACAAGAACCAGAUUUAGAUCAAAUGUCAAAUGAACUUCAAGGAAGUAUGUUUCAAUGUCAAAUUGUUUUACAAUGUUUAAAAUUAAGACGAGAUAAUCAACUUAUUUAA